AUGGAAACCGCGCCUGGCUCUUCGCCUUCCCCGGCAGCACCUGCCGUGGGGCAGGAUGCGGUCGUGCAGGAGGCAGCGACGGACGUACCACCUCACAACCACCCAAGGAGUACAAACACAGAAACCCCUCCUGCCAGCUCUCACCCUGCUGCAGCACCUGAUCCGACUUCCAAUCCUGAUCACAACAUCAACACUUUACCCUCGGAGAACGACGAGGACCAAUACAACUACGCCUACUCUGACGAGGAGAACUUGGACGCAUCUUCUAUUUGCUCCUUUGAAGAGGAAGAAGACGGCAACUGGGAACGAGACCCAGACGACCCCGAUACCAUGGCCGGCUCGAGACGCCCUCACGGCCAGCGCCGUCGUACCCAGACCGAUCUUACGGGCGUUCUCACUCUCGAGGAGAAGAACGAGCUCAUCAAUUUGGUCAGCAACAUCUUGGACAGUAUGCAAGACCAGAUAAGCAACAUCUUUCACUCUCCUCCCAUCACUCCCGCUACGACCGAGGACCCCCAGCACUCAUGGCUAUCCCUCUCGCUGCUGAAAAAUAAAGUGAGCGGCACGCCUGCCGCCCCUCAAUCUCAAUCUCAGGGCGGCGCCAACAAGGAGAAUACCGGCCCUGCUUCGACUUCGAACCAGCAGAAGGGUAGCUUGACGUACAAUAAAGCCCAUGAGAUAGUCGAGAAGGAAGAGAAAGAGGCUAUGACGCCUCAGCUCCAGGAGCUCAAGAAGGAGUGUCUUGUCGUCUUCAGGAAGUGGCAGGGCAAUGUCCUGACGCGCGCCAAGGACAUUUCGGUCAAGGAUCCCGAGGCUUCAGCCGCCCAAGCCAGUCGAGGAGGUCGUGGUGCUGUUCGUGGAGCCCGCGGCGGUCGCGGUGAUCGUGGUGCGCCUCAGGGAGGUCGAGGCACUGCCCCGCGCGGCCGUGGUAGUAGAGGCGGCGCCCUCAGCGUCAAGACAGGAGGCUCGCCGGCUACCCGUCAACCCGAGACCGAUCUCUGGCUCACAAGACGAUUCCCUCCAAGUGCCACACCACUGACCGCCCUACCCAUCGAGCGCCGGAAGUUGUUGCUUCACACAAUCCUCCUGCUUCUCCUGUCAUUGGAACAGUACACAGCCUUCUCUCGCGUCUUCAUGCUCAAGUUGGCGUCAUCGCUUCACCUAACUCUCCGCUUCUUUCAAGAGGAUGAGGUUCGGGUUGCCAGAGGUCUCGGCAAGACUGUGCAGGAGGUCAAUGCCGAUGAGAUAGUGGAGGACAAGUCUGCAGAGAACAAGUCAACCAGACGCUGGAAGGUUGGACUUGCUGGCGCCGCCGGUGCUGCCAUCAUUGGUGUCACUGGAGGUCUUGCGGCUCCCCUGGUCGCUGCUGGCAUUGGCACCGUUAUGGGCGGUGUUGGACUUGGUUCCACGGCGGCAGCUGGAUUGCUCGGUACUCUAGCCCAGAGUGGCGUUGUCGUUGGCAGCUUGUUCGGCAUUUAUGGUGCUCGCCAGACAUCCAAGAUGAUGGACCAGUACGCCAGAGAUGUUGCCGACUUUGCGUUUCUACCUUUGCAUGGCGAGAUGCGAGAUGAGUAUCGCGACGCCAAAGAGAUCCCGUCCAAGGACCGUCGCCUUCGAGUUGUCCUUGCCCUCAGUGGUUGGCUUACUCAGAAGGAAGACGUGGUCAACCCCUGGCGUUGCAUCGGCCACCAAGGUGAGGUGUACGCUGUGCGAUGGGAAGUUGCCAACCUGAUGAAUAUGGGUAACUCGCUCGAGACUGUCAUCAAGAGUACCGCCUGGAGUGUUGCCAAGAAGGAAAUCAUUACGCGGACCAUCUUUGCCAGCCUCAUGUCAGCCAUGUGGCCCAUUGGCCUUCUCAAGGUCAGCAAGGUCAUUGACAAUCCUUGGAGUGUCGGAAUGGUCCGAGCCGAGAAGGUCGGCAUGAUCCUAGCGGAAGCCAUCAGUCGCAAAGUGCAGGGCGAUCGACCUGUAAGCUUGAUUGGCUACAGCUUGGCUGCCCGAGCCAUCUACACCUGCUUGAUGGUCCUUGCCGAACGCCGCCAAUUCGGCCUCAUUGAGUCCGUGGUCAUGAUUGGCACCCCGGCGCCAUCCGAAAGCCGAGUUUGGCUUGCUUUGAAGAGCGUCGUUGCGGGCAGACUUGUCAACGUCUAUUCGGAGAACGAUUAUAUCCUGGGCUUCCUAUAUCGUACGUCCAACCUCCAAUUCGGCGUUGCUGGCUUGCAACCAAUCCAGGGCGCCGAAGGCGUAGAGAACUACGACGUGAGUAGCAUGGUUAGCGGCCACCUGAGAUACCAAUACAUGAUUGGUACCAUCCUCAAGAACAUCGGCUGGGAGGAUCUCGACUACGCGCAGAUCGAAAAGGACGAGCAAGUCCUCAGCCUCAUGGAUGAGAAAUACGGCCGUGACAAGAGCCAGAAGCCAACUUACGUCGACAUGGACAAGGAGGCUGAGCACAUUCAGGAGGAGGUGCAGCACAAGAACGAUGCCAAGCUCGAUUCGAAAAUGAGCAAGAUGAAGAUCCAGGAUUAG